AUGACAAGCCCAGAAACACAAGCGUUACACUUUCCACCUUCAAGAUAUAAUGGAAACAAAGGACUAUGUGGUCCUCCCCUUACCAAAAAAUGUCAUGGAGAUGAAGAAUCAGAAUCACCACCCAUCAUUGGUAAAAGUAAGGGUGAUGGGGAAGACACAGAUGAUGAACUCAUGAGAUUGUUUUAUGUUGGUGGGGGCAUGGGUUUUGCUACUGGAUUUUGGAUUACAUGUGGGGCUUUCCUUGUCAACCGUCGAGGGAGACAUGCAUUUUUUCAUCUUUUUGAUAGCUUCAAAGAUUGGGUUUAUGUGAAGGUGGUUGUGUUCGUUUCAAGUUUGCAAAAGGCUAGACAGAUGCAUUCAAUCAUCUUCUCCAAGUUGAUUGUCAACGAAUCGUUUUCUACUCUUCUUCAGCUAUACUUCUUCCAGUCACUAAACACCAAGGGUGGAGUCACAUGUGACAACCAAACAGGUCAUGUCAUAGGGCUUGAUGUCAGUGACUAUUCUCUUGAAGGUAAGUUAAGCCAUUCAUUUCUUAACUUAACCUACUUGAAUCAUCUUCAUCUUUCCAGAAAUUCUCUUCAUGGAACCAUUCCCAGGUCCAUUGGUUCCUUGACUAGAUUAAGCUACCUUAACAUCGGCUUCAAUAAUCUUAAUGGAACCAUUCCUAGGUCCAUUGGUUCCUUGACCAAAUUAAGUUACCUCGACCUUGGCUCCAAUAAUCUUAGUGGAACCUUUCCCACCUUCAUUGGUUCUUUGACUCGAUUAACCUACGUUGACCUUUUCUAUAACUCUCUUUAUGGAACCAUUCCUCAAGAGUUUGGAAACCUCACCAACUUGCAACAUCUUUCCCUUGGACCUGAUGGAGGAUGUAGAGUUGAAAACAUAGAGUGGGUGUCUCAUCUCUCUCAUUUGCAUUACCUCGCAUUGGAUGGGAUUUCCCUAGCCAAACAAAAUCACUGGGUAGAUGUUAUUCUGAGCCUCCCGAAACUCUCAUAUUUAUCUUUAGAUGGAUGUGAGCUAUCACAGAUCAUGUAUCCAUAUUCUUCAUUAAUUCUCAACUCUUCUUCCUCUAUUGUUGAACUUCGACUUGGAAACAACAAUCUGACCUCAUCCAUGUAUCGUUGGUUGCUCCCAUUUACCAGCAAUAGCCUUGUUCAUCUUGAUCUCUCUGGAAACAUGUUAGAUGGGAUACCCAAAUAUCUUGGUAACCUCUGUACUCUGGAAACUUUAUACUUCUCUUACAACUCUGCUGUUGUCAAAUUUUCUGAUUUUCUCAACAACCUGUCUGGAUGCACAUCCCUUUCAUUACAAUACUUGGUGGCUUCUUAUAGCCAAUUUACAGGGCCAUUGUCUGGUGACAUCCAAAACUUUUCAUCCUUAGCACGGUUGGACAUAUCUGAUAAUCACUUAAAUGGAAGUAUAAGUGAGAAACUGUGGGAACUACCCUGGCUCCAAACCCUUGACCUUUCUUUUAAUAAUCUUAGAGUUCCUUCCACAUAUCACUUGUCAAACAUCUCUUAUGUUAAAUAUCUUGAUCUGAGCUCUUGCAAGCUGCUAGGGCCUCGCUUCCCCAAAUGGAUUCACACAUUCAAAAAUCUUUACCAUCUUGAUCUUUCUAAUACUGGAAUUUCAGACACAAUUCCUUUGGAGUUUUGGGACGUGUGGCCUUAUCCUUUAACAUAUCUGAAUCUCUCUUCCAACAAUAUUAGUAGGAAAGUGCCAGAUUUAUUUUUAAUCUUUGACGCAUAUUCAGUGAUAGAUUUGAGUUCCAACAGCUUUUAUGGUCCAAUACCUAAAUUCUCUUUCGAAAUGGAAUCAAUAAAUCUUUCCAGAAACAAAUUCUCUGGAGGAAUCUCUUUCAUAUGCCAAGCUGUUUAUGGAUUCUUAUUAUUUCUUGACCUCUCUCAUAACUCAUUAAGUGGACAACUCCCAGACUGUUUGUGGAAUUUCGAUUCCCUAACAGUUCUUAAUCUGGGGCACAACAAUUUCUUUGGUAGGCUUCCUCCCUCUAUUGGAUCUAUGAUAGAACUCCAGGUGUUGUAUUUAUACGAUAACAACUUCUCUGGAGAAUUGCCUUUCUCUUUAAAAAAUUGCAAGAGUUUAAUCUCGUUGGAUUUGGGGGCCAACAAGUUUUCUGAUAACGUGCCUGUCUGGAUUGGGGAAAACUUAUCAGGGUUGAAUGUUCUUAUCCUAAGAUCAAACAAAUUCUUUGGAACCAUCCCUUUACAGUUAUGUCAGUUACCUAAUCUUCAAAUUCUAGACCUGUCAAUGAACAGUCUCCAUGGAACCAUCCCUUCAUGUUUGAGUAAUCUUACAAACAUGGUUCAACAAGGAGGAUUCUCACAAGAUGUAUUGUUUUAUGAAAGAAUAAGAGGUUAUGCAACUAGAGCGGGGAUAUAUGUCGACCAUGCACUGAUCGAGUGGCAAGGAGUUGAACGUGAAUUCUUUAGCACUCUGAAAUUGUUGAAGGCCAUUGACCUGUCAAGCAACAAUUUAACAGGACAAAUCCCAUAUCAAAUUACCAAUCUUUCUGACUUGGUUUCCCUGAAUCUGUCAAAGAACGCUCUAUCCGGAGAGAUCCCACAGAAAAUUGGUGAGAUGAAAAAGCUUUUGACUUUGGAUUUAUCCAGAAACAAUUUCUCAGGGCAGAUACCAUCAAGCAUGUCUCAGAUGAGUUUACUGAAUUACCUAGACUUGUCAUUUAAUAACUUGUCAGGGAGAAUCCCAACAAACACUCAGCUCCAGUCCUUUCAACCUUCAAGAUAUGUUGGAAACAAAGGACUAUGUGGACCUCCCCUUACCAAAAAGUGUCCUGGAGAUGAAGAACCAGUAGCAACAUCGGUGAUUGGUAAAAAUGAUGGUGAUGGGGAAGACACAGAUGAUGAACUUGAGAAAUGGUUUUAUAUUGGUGGGGGCAUGGGUUUUGCCACUGGAUUUUGGAUGGCAUGUGGGGCUUUACUUCUCAACCGCCGUGGGAGACAUGCAUUUUUUCAGUUUUAUGAUAGCUUCAAAGAUUGGGUUUAUGUGUUCAUUGCAAGCUUGAAGAUGGCUAGACAUACGUAG